AUGGUACUUUCCAUGAUACGACUGCACAUAUUUUCAAUACUUCAUUGGUUAUGUUUAUUGUACCAUAAUUUUUAUAUGGUACACAACACAUCAAUGAAAUGGAUUAAAAACUGGAGGCCUUAUGAUAAUAUUUUCGCAAAAACAACUAAAAUUCUAGAUGAUUUAAAUGAUGCUAUUAAUUUUGAUAAAUUUCCCCCAAAUCGGACCCCUAAUUUGUUCAUUGAUGGAUUCAUUGAUACUUUAUCUGGUUUUGAGGGUCCUUUAAACUUCAAGCUAUUUAAAGGAAAUUCUAUUCCUACUGAGUUAUUUAACGAGUUUUUUGCCCUAACAAGAUCGAACAUGAAACAUCUGUACAAUAUUAGUAAAUUUAACGGUGGAUGGAACGACAGGAGAAAAUCCUCCGAGAUUAAGUAUCACAAGACUCACAUAAUCGCACUUUUUACCAAAGAUUCUCUAAUUGGAUUUACGAGUUAUAGGUUUAUCGUAAUGCGUGAGAACCAAGAUCCAGCUCCCGUUCUUUACGUAUAUGAACUCCAAAUUAAGGAUUCCUAUAGAUCUCGUGGUUUAGGUAGAUUUUUUAUUUCACUUUUAGAACUAGUUGCAAGAUCUGCACGCUGCAAAAAGCUUAUGUGUACUGUACUAACGGCAAAUGACAGAGCAUUGUCCUUUUAUUCCGAGAAAUGUAGGUUUGUCGCUGACGAAAGUGACCCGAAUAAUAAAUAUAGAGUACUAAAACUUGAACUCUAA